AAUAAACCCCUCACCGUGACAGCGCGUGGUGGACUUUCUGCUCGUGAAACAGGAACUAAAGUUUGGUCUGAACGCACAGGAUCUUCACACAAACCGGUGUUAACGAUUCGUGUGCGGCGCCGUGACUUCACUGCGCAGCUGCCACGGAAACACGAGGGCGCUCGCGCUGCUCAUUCAUCAGCGGCUGCGCGUGCCAGAGCUGCACGCGAGAUUGUUUUCCAAAAGGAGGAGGAUUACAAGCUUAAAAAAAAAUACAUUGAAAGACCGAACAAAGUUGACAACCUGAAGCCUCCUACAAGCGCAGAGGAGAAGAAGGAGGAACUGUAAUUUGUUUUCGGAGUGUUUGUGGAUGUGACAAAUCCACUGCGACACGUGAAUAAACAUCAGCUGUGCAGCAGGUUAACGGAGAGGAGGAAGGUCUGGAGGAAGGUGAUGUUCUGAGAAGAGACGAGAUACAACCUGAACAUUGUGUGUGUGUGUGUGUGUGUGUGUGUGUAUCAUUAACUCUCCUCCGGUCGCUCAUGGAGAUCUUCUUCUUUUCUUUGACUGACAUUUGUUUUGAUAUCAGUUCAACAAGCUGACACACCUGACACACCUGACAGCAGAAAGGGAAAGCGCAAAAUGUGAGUCUGACACACACACACACACACACACACACACACACGUGUAGUUUAGAGCUUCUCGUGCACACCCCACCCAACUACUCAGGUAGCAUUCUAAUUCAGGUUUGACUACACACACACACACACACACACACACACACACAUUGCUGUGACACCAUGAUGCGCACUGGUCCCAGCAUCGUGUACGAGUGGCUGAAAACGCUUCAACUCUGCCAGUAUGUUGAAGCCUUUGUCGAUAACGGCUACGACGAUCUAGAAGUUUGUAAACAGAUCGGAGACCCAGACCUGGACGCCAUCGGCGUGUUCAUACCUCACCACCGACAACGGAUUCACGACGCCGUGACAAGACUGAAAGACGAGGAGAAGAAGAAGAAGACCACCUCAGGGCUUUAUUUCACCUUAGAGCCACUGAUCCCCAACCUGAGACAAUCCAGAUCGUGGACAGAACAAAUUGGCAUGACCGGGUCACACCUGGGAAACCUGACCCUGAGAAGAAGGGAGCUUCUGGUGUACCCGAAACUAAAGUUGAAGAUCAUGAUCAGGGAUAAACUCGUUAAAGACGGGAUUAAUCUGGCGAGACCUCCAUAUACUAAUAAGGAUGGCUCUCUGGGUAAUAUCGAUGAUCUAGCGCAGGAAUACUCGGAAUAUUACAACACGUGCUUCAGUGACGUCACCGAGCGCAUGGAGGAGCUACGCAGGCGUCGCAUCUCGCAGGAACUCGAAAUGGACAAAGUAGACUCCAGCUCCCUCCAGCUGAACUCUGAGAUCCAGGAGUCACUCAGUAUCAGCAGUGAGGUGUCUACACCAGAAACGGAAAGAAAGCUCCCUUUGCACAAGUCCAACUCUGAAGAUGGCUCAGGAAAAUGGGAUAGCAAGAAGAAGAACAAAUCCUUCUGGCAAAACUUUCGCAAAUCCCAGAAAGGGCUCACAAGGCAGAGCUCGAAAGGAGAGGACAUCGGCUACGUGGCCAGCGAGAUCACCAUGAGCGACGAAGAGCGCAUCCAGCUGAUGAUGAUGGUCAAAGAGAAGAUGAUCACGGUGGAGGAGGCGCUGGCUCGGCUUAAGGAGUAUGAGAGGAGCAGGCAUUUGAGCACCAGUUCAGACACUGCAGAGUGUCCUGAUGGAUCCGGGCCCACUGUUAACCUGCCCUCCACCUGUAACUCUCGCGAACAGUCUGACGAUGAGCAGGAGGAUGCGGUGAAAUUUAAGAGACUUCACAAACUGGUCAACUCCACUCGGCGCGUCCGCAAGAAACUCAUCAAAGUGGAUGACGGCAAAAGGCAGGGAUCAGAAGACUCUCUGAGCUUGGACGUGUCUCUUGCGUGCGAGGACACCAGUGCCCUUUAUGCGGGCGUCAAUAAGAAAAGCACCCGCUGCACAGUGGACUCGUCACUGUCCUCUUUGACCCCGGAUCAGCUCUCAGUGGAAGGAGACAUGGACAGCUUAAGUACGUCUCCAUCCUCGAGGAGUUUGGAAGCUUGGAACUCUGCACACAGGCUGGUCAAGCCUACAGCUUCCCCGCACAGCCUGGUCCGGCCUCUUGCCAGCGCCAACGCCGAGGACGAGCCCGAAAGCAGGAAGACCUCCCUGUCUCAUGGGAGGACGUGUAGCUUUGGGGGUUUCGAUCUGUCCAACCGGUCACUUCAUGUGGUGAACGCUGCUUCUGAACCUCACGAGCAAGAGGCUCUAUACAGGGACGUGAUCAAGUCUCCUACCAGCUCUCGCAUCUCUCUGGGAAGGAAAGUCAAGUCUGUGAAAGAGACAAUGAGAAAACGCAUAUCCAAGAAAUACAGCAGUUCUGUCUCUGAACAGUCCAAUCCAGACGGGAUUCCCAGCUCUCCUCAAUCUCCUCAGCCAAACACAGACUCACUGGAAAAGCCCAAACUAAAGGCAGGAGGAUCUGUGGAGAGUCUACGCAGCUCUCUGAGUGGACAGAGUUCCAUGAGUGGCCAGACAGUAAGCACCACAGACUCGUCUGCCAGUAAUCGUGAGAGUGUGAAAUCAGAGGACGGGGAUGAUGAAGAGCCUCCAUACAGGGGACCUUUUUGUGGCAGAGCCAGAGUGCACACAGACUUCACUCCCAGCCCUUACGAUACAGACUCACUCAAACUAAAGAGAGGAGAUGUGAUCGACAUCAUCAGUAAGCCGCCCAUGGGCACGUGGAUGGGGUUACUCAACAACAAGGUUGGAACGUUCAAGUUUAUCUACGUGGACGUCCUGACGGAGGAGGAGGAGAAACCCAAACGCACCAUCAGGAGGAGAAGAAAGGGUCGCGCUCCCAAACCCAGCUCUGUGGAAGAACUUCUAGAAAGAAUCAACCUAAAGGAGCACAUGCCUACCUUCUUGUUUAAUGGCUAUGAGGAUCUGGACACUUUUAAGCUGCUUGAAGAAGAGGAUCUGGACGAGCUAAACAUCAGAGAUCCUCAACACAGAGCUGUACUGCUCAAUGCCGUGGAGCUCCUCCAGGAGUAUGAUAGCAGCAGUGACCCUGAGCGUAGUGCCCUCUCUGGCUCCCAGGAAAAACUCCUCUGUGAGGGGCAGGGCCUGGCAGCCAACUCCCCACGGGACUCUGGCUGCUAUGAGAGCAGCGAAAACCUGGAGAACGGGAAGCCUCGUAAAUCAUCUCGCUCAAGUCGCUGUUCCUCUGGCUUUGAAUCUGUUCGAGUCCAGUGUCUGGAUUUUCCCACUCCACCCAUCUGCCACUCUACUGAGGAGCUGCAGCAUCAGUCCAAGAAAGAACGCAAGUUUCCCAAGCACUUUCUUCCCCGGCCUAUCAAGGGCUUCAGUCUGCGGUCUCUGGGCCUGAGGAAGGGUCUUCGCUCAGGACCAAGGCAUCAAAUGCCAGCUAGUCGCAGCUGUGAGGAGCUUGAUGGGACUUCGGAUGCUCCAGAACGCUGGAAACGUUCUCACUCUCUGGGGGACAUACAGUGGCAGCAUGCCUUCGAUCAGAGCAAAGAAAAAAGAAAUGCGACCCCACAUGGUGGAGAACGACAAAAAGAUGUAAACGCUGCAAUUCUCCAGUCCAGCUUUCAGAACAGUAAAGAUUCCCGAUUAGACUCAAAAACAGAAUUGUGUAGAGCUAACCAGGAUCAAGUUAAAAAGCCUCUAGUGCCCAGCCAGCUGGCAAUAAAACCUUCAAACCAUGCUCCAGAUAAACAGCCUGGCUCUACCCCAACCAGCCCAGCUCCGCGCACUCACCCCAAAAAGCCCCCUGUGCCCCCUCCUGUUCCUGCCAAAAAGUCCAAAGAGCGUCCAGUAAAUGGGUUGCGACACCCAUCUUUGGUCCUUUCAAGCUCUAGUCCAAGCACGCCAACUUUGUCCCCUAAAUCCAUAAGCAGCCCUACUAGCCCUUCUGAAAGUAUUCCAUCCACUUCCGUGUCUCCAGAUGAUUCAGAGAAACCACCACCCUGGCUCUCAGACCUGCCUGAGUCUGCCUGCCCACAGAUUCAGGGAGUCAAGGUAGCUCUUGGCAGGAAGAUCUCUCAUGCCAAAAUGACUGAUUUGGUGACACUACUGGAGGAAAAGCUUGGCUCAGAGGGCAUCGAUCUCAUGGCAGAGCCUUACUCAGAUAAGCACGGCCGCUGUGGUAUUCCUCAGCUCUUGGUGCAGAGAUACUCGGAGGAUUUCCAGCAGCCACUGAAAGACGUGGCGUCCACUCUGGACCAGAUUCGAGUUAAGCAGCUGCGCAAAGAGCACCGCAUGGCUAUUCCUUCUGGAGGUUUGAUGGACAUGUGUCGGAAGCCAAUGUCUCCAGUGCACUUAAGCUCCAUUUCCGACUGGUUGGUGUCCAUUGGUAUGCCCAUGUAUUCCGAUCUCUUAGUGGCAGCGGGUUAUGAUACAUUGGGCCGUCUGUCUGCUCUUACCGAGGCAGCAGUACGCAAGGCAGGGCUACAGGAGGAGAGACACAUCCGGCGGUUGCUCAGCGAGGCCCGGCUCAUCGCAGCUAACAGCUCAUCGCAGACUUAACAGCACAAGAAGGGUUGAUGAACAGCUUGAGCUGCGACAUGCGCUGGUCUGAUUGCUGAAGUGGAAGGAAAAAAGGAAACUCUGUAGCAUUUCAUCUACAUCUUCCAAGCGUUUGUUUUAUCCUUUUCCUUAGCUUUGUAUUGCUGAUGUUUACGGAAAGGACUUUUGUGGCUUCCAUGAACUGUUGGUGGACUUUCCAGCUGGGUCUUUUUAACAAUCCUGAAUAGGGCAGUCUUUAAAUGAGCACAGACAGAGCACAUGAUUUUCUGAAGUUUUUGAGAUUUUGUAAAGAUUUAGACUAGCUCAAGAUCGUUUUCUCUGGUUCUGAUGAGCGCUACUUUGUAUGGAAAAAGAACUUCUUCGAGCACAGAAAGAUGUUGUAACUUGGCCAAAGCGAUGUCAUUUCCUGUAGGUUUAUAGGUCCGUACGCAAACUUCUCAGCUCAUAGAAAUGAAUAUCAAAGGCUUCAUCUUAAAUAUUUGUUUCGUUCUUAAGCACAAAGUUGCUGUUUUAGAGUAUAAAUACACUCAGAAUUAUGCAUAUUUUAUUUUAUUUGCAGGAGGGAAACAUAUUUGUAUAGUCCAUAAGCCAUUUCAUCUUACUCAGUGCCAAGUGUAAAGCGUUGUAAAGCCUUUCUGCCUUCAUUUCGUUAAAGAAAAUAUUGUAUAUUCAAAUAGCAUUUAAUCUUCUAAUACACAGUAUCUAACACUCGUCUGUUCCGGGAGAAAAUCAUUUAUUAUGGAAUCAUUUACAUUUUAAAGCUUUUUAUGUUACGUUUGCCUUCACAAAUCUAGUGACACAAUAAUUAUCUUCCAUCGGGUGAUAAGUGCGCAGCGAUAACCCGCUUGUAUCUAAUGUAUAUUUUAGACGUCAUAGAGUUUCGAGGAAAAUCUUCCCAGCACUGUGGCAAUAUGUAAAUGCUGAUAUUCGAACUCGCUCCAAAACUUCACACAGUCUGAAAUGUCUAAACUAAAUUUUUUUUAAAAAGGGCUGAACACGAAACAGGAUUCAUCACUGUCCUGUAGAUGAUCUGAUUAUCUGAAAUAUAGCUUUGGAAAUACAGUCCAAUGAAGAAGCUCUGUAAUAGAUAUAAAUGUUGACAUUCCAGAAUGAGUCUCUACAUGAUGAAGUUUUAUGUUCAGUAGCACUUGUCUGUGUCUAUAGAGAAAAACAGAGAGAUUCUAUUGCGUUUAGCAAAACACACAUCUGGCAUUUGAAGGAAGUCUGUCAAAAUAAGGGAAAAAAACAUGAGUUGUGCUUUUGGCCCGAUGCAAAGCAGAUCUCAUAUCCCUGAAAUCUUGUCUUUUCCGAUUAGCAGCAUUUUUGCUCCUCUUUGACUACAGCAAACUGCCACUGAUUACAAGCUUAAUUUCCUAUGUUGUAAAAAGAUCUAUUAAGUGAAAAUCGAACGACUUUGAAAACUUUCCUUUUAUCAGCACAACAAAACAACAGUUUGUUAAUUAGAAAGAACAAACAAACAUCUUGCCAUGUCAGAAAACUUUACAGUUUUACUUCAGACUGUUUGAGUGCUGACACUGGAGACUCCUUACAAAAACUCUACAUGGAAACCCCACAAUCAAACAAUCUGCACAUGGUUUCUAACUCGUCUAAGUGAAGCAUUCCUGUGAAUGCGCUCGAUGACGUUAGACGCACGCUAUGGCACAUUUUGAUGAAACGUUUGGAUGAAAUUUCCUACAAUUUUUCUAUGUAUUUCAGCACAAUUUACAAUACACAGUACCAAUUCAACCUUCUUGUAGAGGAGCAGAAGAUCUGAACGAAUGCCUUUUUAACAAUGCAAUCAUAGUCUUAUGGGGAGUUUUAUAUAUUAAAAAAAAUGUAUCGAAAUAUUUCAUAAAAUGUUACUAAUUACUGUAAAAUGCACUUUAUAUUCAAGUAUAUACAGAUGAUUAAAGGGGGAUUUUUUCAGGAAGAACAGAUAAUGAAACAGUAAAUUUUAAAGUCCUCAGACAGAGAGUUAAAUCCAGGUUUUAUGCAGAAGAUUGCAGUGGAUUAUGUUGGUUUAUACACUUCAUGUGUUUCCCCGUCAGCAUCAUUAAUUCGAGAAUAAAGCAUAACAAGCAAAUUCUUUCAAAUUGAUUUCGAAUUUCAUUACAAUGAUUCUAAUUACAUAUAUGAAAUUGUGGACAUGUUGCACAUUCUGUAUAUGUAAUUGAUAUUUAAAUAACUUAUUUUUUGUUUAUUUGUUUCUCAUCAAAUUAUUAGGUGUAUUAUAUAUAAAUAUAUAUGAAUAAAUAAAUAGCAAUACUCUUUUGCAUAUUGCUUUAGCCCAUGUCCUGCUAUGGUAUCUAUUGUAAAAUAUCUGUGUAUAAAAAAUUUUUUCCCCUUUGACCUAGCUAAUGAUUGUCUAUAAAGAUUUUGCUUGUGUACUGAAAAAAAAAAAAAAGUCAAACUAUUUGUCACUCUGACGUGUAAUAAACAGAAUCUUCUGACUGGAA